GUGGAGUUGUUGUUAAAUCUUAAAAAUACCUGUCUGAAAUGAGAUUUGGAUCUCAAAGUUCUAGUCUGUCAUUUUCUGAAGUGUACUGUACUGUAUGUAUAGUGCUGCAGCCUGGGCACAGCUAUUAGUUUGAGGCCACAGUGUAUCCCCUGUCAGCAUCGAUAACAAAAGUGCUCCAGGGUGUCACCGUUGAGCGGCACAGAGUGUAAGACAUUCCACUGAAGAGAGUCAGUUUGCAGGCUGGGAAUGCAUGUCCAAUUCCAGGGCCUCUCGCCCUCUGCUUCUUGAGGAAACUUGAUAAUAGCACAGGUUGCUCUGAGAUGUAAACUAUACUGGCUUUAUCUCAGAGAAACUUGAAAGCAAAUUGCACUAGAAAAUUCGUGUGCAUAUUAGAUUUUGUGUUUAUUUGAGUGGACUUCUCUGACCCUUUCAAAAGUUAGACCUUGGCAGAGGCAGAGGGGAAGGUAUCAUAGCAUGCAUGAGUAUUUAAUUUUACCAGAAAAUAACAAUUUUUUCUGGAAUUGAUUUUAAUUUGGUGUUGGAAACUUAGCUUAGUUUUUUGGUUUUGUUUCUUUCCAAUUACAUUACACUUGAUUUUAUUUAAACGCUUCAUUUUGGAUUACAUUUCAGGACUUACUGUUUGUUUGUUUUUGUUAAACAUGACUUCGCUACACGAUUUCAUAAGUGUGAUCCUUGACAUGAAAAAGUAAACCUAAAUUAGCUGAAAGUAAAUCCUGAGAAAAACUUCUUUCAUUGCAUGUGAUGCAGCACAAAGUGCCAAAGGCAGUUUAUAACUACUGCAGGCUGGGCAGGCUCCUGGCUGGGGCUGCUUUGGGGCUGAGGGCAGUGAGAGGGGGCUGUGACAGCACAGCAGCACUAAUUCUGUCUGCCCCCGGGUGGGCACAUGGUCAUGUUGCUCCUGCCUUGCUACAUGGUGAAAAUUCUGUGCCAGCUGUAGAGGGUAAGACAGCAGCUGUCCUGAGGAAAGCCUGACAAAAAUCCAUCAAUAGUACUAAAAAAACCACAAACUUGUGGAAGUCUAGACUGGGUCAGCACUUUACUAUCUGGAACAUGGGGCACCGAAGCCCUUUUCUAGCUGUUACUUUUCAGCCUCAAGCUCUUCUCCUGGAAAAUUUCUUCUAUUUCACAAAGUUCUAUCCAACAGGGAUUUCAUUCAGGUUAUUUGGUUGGCCCACACACAAUAAAUUUUAGGAUAAAGAUCUAAAUUAGCACAAUUAACUUUUGUCUUACUAAUUUCUAUCCUGUAGGCAUAUAAUUCCUUGUCAGUAGUCAUAUUGGAGACAAAUGGGAUUGCUUAUCCAGCUAACCAUGUCUUUAAAUUCAUCUACACUUUUAAAUGAAAGAAAUGCUCAAGGAGCAAAAAGAAAUACUGAGUGUUUGGAAAGCCUACUGCAGAGUCCAUCAUCUGUUCAAGAUAAUCCACUUCAACAAUUACAGUUAGCUUCCCAGGAAGUACUGGAAAAGGCAAAAAAGAGUGGGAGAUCAAAAUGCCCCCAAUGUCAUAGUUCAAGGAUGUUUUAUUGUUAUACAUGCUUUGUUCCUGUCGAAACUGUCCCUACCAAAGAAAUUCCAACUGUGAAGUUACCUUUGAAGAUUGAUAUUAUUAAACACCCAAACGAAACAGACGGCAAAAGCACGGCUGUGCACGCUAAGCUCCUGGCACCUGACGAUGUUACAAUUUAUAAAUACCCCUGCAUUCCAGAGUAUGAAGAGAAGAGACACGAAAUAGCACUUAUAUUUCCUGGCCCAAAUUCAGUUUCAGUUAAAGAUAUUGCUUUCCAUCUCCAAAAGUACACCAAGAAAAGUGUCUGUUCUAGUGACGAUGACUGUUCCAGAGAGCCCCUUCCUAAACAAGCAAAAACAGAACCUGAAGAAGAAAAAAAUCCAAAUGAAUGCAUCUCAAGCAGCAGGAGUGAAGGCACGAGACUGAAGAAAAUAAUAUUUAUUGACAGUACCUGGAAUCAAACUAACAAGAUAAUAACUGAUGAACGACUUCAAGGGUUACUGCAAAUUGAGUUGAAGACAAGGAAAACUUGCUUUUGGCGUCAUCAGAAGGGAACACCAGAUGCAUACCUUUCCACAAUAGAAGCAAUUUAUUAUUUCCUUGUGGACUAUCAUCAGGAGAUUUUGAAAGAGAGCUACAAAGGACAAUAUGAUAAUCUGCUUUUUUUCUUUUCAUUUAUGUAUACAUUGAUUAAAGAUGCCAAGUGUUGUGCAGGAAAAAAGCCUGAUGUGCUCACUGUGAUGAGCACAUUUCCUGACAUGGGUGAGGACCUGACCCCUCUUGCUGUAAGGAGUGAUCUCUUAACUGUAAGAAGGAAUUAGCCUGCCUGCUUUUCCAUUGUUACUGAUACUUCUGUCAGAUGGUUUCUUUGUGGUUUACACAGCAAUACUGAUUUUGCUACAGGGUUACUGAAUGAGCAGAUGGUGUUUGGUUGCUGGGGUGAGUGGCAGCAAUAGAGAAUGAAAGAGCACAUUAAUUGAAUAUGAAUUAUAUAUUUUCAUUAUUAAUUCUGGAAAAUUCUUCUAGUAAUAAAAAAAUGGUCUCUUUAAACAUUGUUAUACAAUGUAUGAUUUCUAUAGUACCAUUCAUGUACUCUUAUAUUAGGAUUGUUCUCAAAUUCUUGGGUAAUUUUAGACUUCUUCAAACAAAUUUAGUUAAGUGUUUAUUACUGUUAUAUAUUACCAUUAUUUGAGGGAGCGCUAACUUAACAAAUGUCACUAUGGCAUAUUGUAGGCACCACAAAUACUGGUUCUGACCACAAUAUUUCUGACGAGGCUUCCUUAAACUAGGCAGGCUGUGAAUCUGCUCUGCUUUUCCUUUUGCAGUGAAGGAGCAGAUCAGAAGAGUCUCAGCAAGGCUUUGUGCUGAUGGGAGUUUUGUCACGGUUGUAGUGCUGCUGUCAGAGCCAUCAGGUGUGAAUGCAGUUUUGCCAGGCUACACCAACACAGCCAGUGCUGGCAGAGGGAACAGACCUGAGCUUUACAGCAGAGUUAUAUGAGUAUAUUUUAGAUCAUACAUUGAUAAUUAUAUUCCUAAAGUAGGAAAAAAUUAUUAAAGUUACAAUAUAAGAUGGAUAAAUAUUUCUGGAUAUGCUUAGAAAUGUGUUAUUUAAGAUAAAAUAUAUCUUGUCAAAGUGACAGACUAAAAAAUUACAAUAGAUUAUUUUUUAAACAAAACAUCAGAGUUUUUGUUAUCAUUUGUAGCAUACUCUCUAGGAGGGCACUCACACACACUCUGGUGAACAUAGAAAUAAUGUCUGGGAAAAUACUUCAAGAAAAUGUUUUUAUACUUACACAGCAGUCCAUACAGGCUCAAAUAGCUGGUUUGGAAAAAAACAAACUUGUGUUUUUAAUAGUGAAAAAACCCCUGCAUUUCAAGGUGAAAUCCUAACACUGUUUCAAACACAAGAUACAAAUACACAUUGUAAAUACACAUGUAAGACAUUACAUCAUGCCUCAUAUUGAUGUGCUUAUCUGUACAAGCACAUAUAAAAAUGUGUCGCAGUGGACAACAAAAAUAUCCCCAUCUGCAGAACAAAAUGCUAGUUAUGUUAUGAAAUUAUGAAAUGUGCAUGAACUAUAACAGCACCACAGGAAACACAGGCUUGAAGUCAAAACUAGAAAUAUAAUUUUUAUAUCUACCUAUAUAUUGAGCUCAUAUAUCAAGCAAUGAGAACAAUCAGCAGUUGUGUCUCAGUGCUAUUGAAACAACACUGCCUAUUCAUUUGGUACUUAUUGCUAUUGAGAGGUUAUUUUGCUGUUUUAAAAUGAUUCCUGUUACUUCCUUUGGUAUGAAUUUUGAUAGUCUUUUGACAUUUCCAACUGUUCUUGUAUUUCUUAAACAAAGAUUGUUGUUGUUUUUUUUUAAAUCACACAAGUAUUAUAGCUUGAGAAGGAAACUUUCACCCACUUUAAACAAACAAAAAUAAAAUUAACCCACUGACCUAAUGCUUUACAAGAACCAGAGAGAAAAAUCUGGGGGGAGAUGGGGAGUUACUUCCAAGACACAUUUCCCUGAAAACAUGUUUUUUAUUUAAGAAGCAGAGGUCAGAUAAAAGCUUGUAUAAGCUGUUCUUCGUUACUUUUGGAAAAUAGUUUCAUAAGGUGAAAAAUUGUUUCCAAAUUUAAGUUUUGUGUAUCUCACUUUAUUUGAACAAUGGGAUUUAAGAACCUUUUCCAAAAGAAAAUUAGUUUUAAUUCUCAGAUGAAAUUAAUGUACAGAAAACAUUUUAGAUCUGGCAUACUGUGUCCAGGAACUGGGUUCAGAUUGUUUGUCUUCCAGUGCAACCUCAGUGUAAUGCAAGAGUCAUUUGUUACACCAAGGGACAGAGGCACACCUAAUAUCUGUAAUUCUUUACAGUCUGUUGCUGUUCCUUUGAUAACCUUUUAUGGGGGCAGGAAGGAGGUUUUUGUCACUUCUGCUGCAAAUCUGCCCUGUCUGAGCAGCAGAUGUAGUUGCCCUUUCUCUCAUAUAUAUAAAAAUAUUUACAUCCUCUAUUUAAUUUUGAUGUUGGUAUAAGAAGCCAAACCAAGUCAUCCAUCUCACACUGAAAGCAUCUUAGUAUCACUGAUACAUUUCCCCAGCUUUGAGACUAAAGAAAAAUUUGUUCCACUAAAUGAAAGCAAUCAAGUGGUUAAUCCUUUCAAGUGCAAUUAGCAGCACUGACCUCCCUGUUCUUUAAAUGGAGGGUCAUGGGGAGGUAAAGGCCAUUUCUGGGCCUUUUCUUUCAUAUCAGAAUACCCCUUCACUAUCUCUUCUGUUUCCAAAAACAUCAGAGACCAAGAGAGAAAAACAGGCUUCUGCUUCCAUUAGCAGUAACUUAAACAGCCAUAAGUUAAAGGGGGAGGAAAAGGAAGAGCAUCUCUAUCUCCUCUCACAACAGGAGACAUCUGGCCUCCUGUGGGGAGGCCCCAGAUAACAAAGAACCUGUCAGUGCAAACCUCCACGAUGUGUUCAGAGAACCAUUUUACCUGCAGUCUGGCUCAUUCAUUUCCUGCCACUGAAGCCAUCUGCUUUUGCUUAUUGUGGGUAUUUUUGUUCUUUGUUUGGCCAGGAGCAUGAAGUGGCUUCACUUUAGCAUGCCUGUAAGCUUGGUCAGAGGGAGUAUUUAAUCCUUUUCUCAAAAUGAAUAAGAGAGGGAGCUGCUGCAAAAAACAAUUCCUUUCCUGGAAGGUAGCAGAAAUGUCAUCCAAGCCGAGGUUGAAUAAAGGGUCAUGACAGUGCAUGGGGUAAAGAUACAUUGAGAUUGAAAAGAGAUGCCAACUUGGAAGCUACAGCAAAACCUCCCAAAGCACUUGUAAUCUUACCUGAUUUAAAUCCUUUGCUACUGCUUCUUGCAAUUUUUGAGUCCAUCUGGUUUUCCACACAGUGUUCUUCAGGCCCAACUGCAGAGUAAUACAAGGUUCUGUUCUUACCUUGCCCUUGAACUGUGUUUCAGUACUUGCCUGAAUGCUCUAAAUAUCUGUCUACAUAAAUGAUAGUUAUAGCAUACUUGUACCAAAUGUAAUGUGAUUUGAAAAUCCAUCCUACCUACCCCUACCUUCAACAGUGCCAAAAGAAGAAGGGAGGGAGGGAAACUUCCUAUUAAUUUCCCAUAAGUUACUAUAAUGCAGUUAAUACACUCCCAGGUGCCAUUAACUUGUGUCUCAGAGUAUUCUGGGAUACAAAAGUUAAUGGUGAUUGCAGCACAUUGCCAGCAGGAAAGCUUUCUCACACAGAUCAAAAUAUGUGGCAGUUAAACUCGUGAUCCACUGAUACCAGAUUAUGAAGCCACCUACUAAGGUACUGAAGGACUCAACACAGUUCCUAAACUGUUUUUCCUUGUCUUGAAGGACACCAUUUUAGUAAAAUUGUAAUGCUGUCAUUAAGAAUGUUAAUUGUGACUGAUCAAACUUAGUAAUACCAACAUUUAAAGGAAGUGUUUAUAUGAAAAAUUUACCAGAUUCUUCCUGUUUGCUUGUUGGGAAAGAUAACAUGUAGCUGCCAUUUUACAGAUUCAGAAAAGAAAUGAGAUGCUGUGGAAUUUAAAAAGUAGUUUAUCACAUAAAACUACUCAGGAGUGGUGUGAUUUCUUCACCCCUGUCUGCCAGAAAUAAAUUCAAAUAAUUCUAAAGUUCCAGAGUAAGAGGUGGGAACUAGUUCUCUAAUGCAAAACAGACAGCAGACUGUAUUUUCACCUCAUGGAAAGUGGAAAUUUUUGUCUAACUUUAGCAAUACUGGUGCGGUUGCCACAUGAUUUUACUGCUGACUUCUCAGACCACUGGUGUUGCAAUAGGAUGUUUAGAAACAUACCACAGAAGAGUGAACAGAAGAGAAUGUGCUCCACCAACAUACCCCAGACUGAAUCCUGCUCCUUCUCUCAUCCUGGGCACUGAGCUUCCCUUACUUGUAAAAGUAAUUUCUGCCUCUGAAUAAAGUGUCCAUCUAUGAAAUUGGGCCCAUAAGCCAAUAUAACUGGCAUGAAAUCUAAGGGCUUUAGUACAAUUCCUGAAAUUAUUCGCUUUGGAGAUGGAUACCAAUGAACUGAAGAGAAUCAAACUCCUUUAGAUUUAAAAAAGGAUCCUUUUAUCUUUUCUACAGAAGAACAAUACUUUGGGUUCCAACAAAAGAAGCUUGUUCAAGCUGAA